UCCAUUUCUGUGCUUAAUUAACUCAUCAUUUGAUUGAGAGAGGCAGAGAUAGAUUUUUGGUCAUGGCUAACAGAGAAAGCUCUGUAUAAGAGGGUUUUUUUGUCAGUUGAACUUACUUCAAGGAAGCCUAAAAUCCUGUCCUUUUGAAUUCAAUCCUGUGACCCUUGUGAUUCGAUCACAAGACCUCUGACCUGUUCUAAGAUGGGGAUCAAGAUUGCAAUAGGCAAUGGGCAGGAGCUGUGCCGCCCGGACUGUGUGAAAGCAGUAUUAGCAGAAGUGAUAUUGACUUUCUUGUUUGUGUUUGCAGGGGUUGGAUCUGCCAUGGCAACGGACAAGCUGGCGUUUGAAGGGUCCUCGCUACUAGGCUUAACAGUGGUGGCCUUGACCCACGCUUUUGUAGUCUAUGCAAUGGUUUCUGCGGGUUUUAACAUCUCAGGAGGACACAUCAACCCGGCGGUCACAUUGGGCUUAGCAGUAGGAGGCCACAUCACCAUUUUUAAGUCAGUUCUCUACUGGAUUGCACAGUGCCUGGGCUCUGCAAUUGCCUGCUACUUGCUCGUUUUUCUCACUGGUGGCAUGGUAACACCUGUGCACGCAUUGGCAUCAGGCGUGACAUACUUCCAAGGGGUGAUAUGGGAGAUUGUGUUGACAUUCUCAUUGCUGUUCACAGUGUACGCAACGGCAGUGGAUCCAAAGAAGGGAAGUGUGGGGCCUACUGCACCACUGUGUAUCGGAUUGGUAGUGUUUGCCAAUAUUAUUGCAGGAGGGCCAUUCUCAGGGGCUUCCAUGAAUCCUGCUCGCUCAUUUGGCCCCGCUUUGGCCAGUGGAGAUUGGAGAGAACACUGGGUCUUCUGGGUCGGUCCUCUCAUCGGUGGUGGUCUAGCUGGUUUUGUUUACGAGGGUAUCUUUCUCACUGAUAACUAUUCCAGAGUCCCUGAUCUGGAGGGAUAAAAGAAGCAAAGUGGAUGGAUCCGCUGUAUUAAACUCUUGAUAGUUGUUUUUAGUUUUCUUAGUUUAGAAUUGUGAGCCACUGCACUCAGGUUGAUGAAUCCCCCCUUUCCCCUUCUUUCUGUGUAAAUUUCUGGACUAUUGUGAAGAAUCUUUCUUUAAUAUUCAAGUGUGUUCAUAACUUCAUGGUAUUAA